CUUUCUCUUUACUUCUUCGUUUCUUCAAACUCUUUCGCUGCAAGUAAAAGAAACCAAAUCUCUCUCUCUCUCUCUACUCUUUCGCUUUCUUAAACCCCUUUAUCUCUCUCUAAAAAAACCCACCUUUUUUGAGUAAAAAAGUUUAGGUGCUGACUCGAAAUAAAGGUUUGGUCUUUUAACUGCAUUCUGAAAUGGCGAUUGAAGAUUACGAGAACCCAAAUCGAGAAGUCAAACCUAAGAACAGAAGAUUCAUGGGAGCUGGUGGACUUGAGGAAGAAGAGAAUAAGUGGCCUCAUUGGCUCAAACCUUUACUAAGCGAACAUUUUUUUGUUCAAUGCCAGUUUCAUGGACACUCACCUAAAAGCGAAUGCAAUAUGUAUUGCUUAGACUGUACCAAUGACUCGCUUUGUUCUCUCUGUCUUCCUCACCACAAGAACCAUCGUACCAUUCAGAUAAGGAUAUCAUCUUAUCAUAAUGUGAUAAGGAUCAAUGAGAUACAGAAGCACUUAGACAUAUCAGGCAUUCAGUCAUAUGUGAUCAAUGGCGCAAAGGUUGUUUUCUUGAAAGAGAGGCCUCAGCCUAGGCAUGGAAAAGGGGUUACUAAUACUUGCAAGGUCUGUGAUCGUGGCCUUGCUGAUAAUUUCUUCCGCUUCUGCUCUAUUGGCUGCAAGGUUGCUGGAACAUCUGGAAGCUUUGAGAAGAGACUGAAGCAUACACCGAAUGAAUCAGAGAAUUCUCUCAACAGUUCUGGAUUAGAGAAUAACAGUUCAGGAGUAGAGAAUGACAACUCAAAUCUGCAGAGUGUCAGCCCAACAAGACCUCAAUUUCCUCCUGGUUCUCUCCGAAAGCGACGAAGAAAGGGAAUCCCUCACCGAGCUGCAGUGAGUUGAGAUUGAAUCAAGAAAAAGCUCUUGUUACGUUUUCAGGGUUCUUUAAUAUAUUUAGAGACUUCCUCCGGCAAAGGUUAUAUAGCUUUAUAGAUGCAGGGUUUGAACUUUCUCUUAAGUGUCUAUACCACCAAAGAAAGGCCUUAAGAUAGUAGUAAGUGUAUAUAUCUUCUUGAUACCUUCUUGUGUAAAGUGGUAGUGUGGUGCAAUGAGACUAGGCAUUGAGUGAUAAUAUGGUGUUUUUCAA